AUGCUCAGAUCAAGAAUUGGUCUGGUAACAUCAAGAUUGCUGGUCACGAGAUCGCUCUCGCAAAACGUCUCUAAAGUGGCCAAUGUCUCGUCCCAGCAGUAUGCAAGCAUUUACAAACAUCCCCAGGGCUCGUAUGAGCCCCUGGACAGCUUUCAAAGACGCCAUUUGGGCCCCAGUCCUCAGAAAAUCCAGGAAAUGCUGAAAACUAUGGGCUACGAAAAUCUCGACAAUUUCGUUUCGCAGCUCAUCCCUCCAAAAGUACUCGAAAAAAGGGCCCUGCAGCUAGAAGCCCCCGCCAAUGGAUUCACCGAGCAGCAGAUGCUACAGCAUUUGCAAAAAAUCGCCGACAAAAACCAGCACCAUAUCAGAAACCUCAUCGGAAAGGGCUACUACGGCACCCUGUUGCCUCCUGUGAUCCAGCGGAAUCUGCUAGAGUGUCCAGAGUGGUAUACUUCCUACACGCCCUACCAGCCGGAGAUCUCCCAGGGCCGUCUGGAAUCGCUGCUGAACUUCCAAACCGCCGUUGCCGAUCUUACAGGGCUGCCCGUGGCUAACGCCUCGUUGCUGGACGAAGGUACCGCCGCAGCAGAGUCCAUGUUGCUAGCUUUCAGCGCCGCCAAACGCAAAAGAUCCGUUUUCGUCCUGGAUUCUCGCGUACAUCCACAAACCAAAGCCGUGUUGCAGACUCGCGCCACGCCCUUUGGUAUUGAACUCGUUGAAAUCGACGUCACCGAUGUUGAAAGCUCCAAGGCCGCCUUAAACGACAAAGCUGUGUUUGGGGGUCUUGUUCAGUACCCUGCCACCGACGGAUCCAUCAUCUCGGGCUCGGUUUUGAAAACCUUUGCAGACGUGCUGCACGCCAACAAGUCUCUGCUGCUGGUCGCAUCUGAUUUGAUGGCUCUAACGCUCUUGAAGCCACCAUCUGAGUUUGGUGCCGACGUGGUCUUUGGAUCCUCGCAGAGAUUUGGUGUUCCACUAGGCUUUGGCGGACCACACGCUGCUUUCCUUGCAGUCCCAGAAAAACUCAACCGUAAAAUCCCUGGUCGUAUUGUCGGUGUUUCGAAAGACCGUUUGGGCAAACCUGCCCUACGUUUGGCCCUCCAGACCAGAGAACAACACAUUAAGCGUGACAAGGCGACUUCCAACAUCUGUACUGCACAAGCUCUCUUGGCCAACAUUGCAGCCAAUUACUGCGUUUACCACGGUCCCGAAGGUCUCAAGGAGAUCGCUGGUAGAAUCUACGGGUUCACCACAGUCUUGGCAAACAAGAUCUCGACAGAGUCUCCUCACACUUUAGUGAAUGAUACGUGGUUUGACACUCUGACCGUCAAAUUGGCCCAAGGAACUUCCUCCCAACAAUUUUUACAAACAGCUCUUGACAAGCAUGCCAUCAAUCUAUUCGCAGUUGGCGACACCACAGUUUCGCUUUCUCUGGAUGAAUUGGUUACCAAACAAGAAUUGCUAAGCCUCUGUGAGCUGUUUGGUGUUUCUGACCAACUUCCAAGCUCUCUACCGGAGUUUCCAAGCGAACUUUUGCGUACAGACUCCAUUUUGUCCAAUGAAGUUUUCAAUCAGCAUCAUAGCGAAACCGCUAUGCUAAGGUACUUGCACCGCCUCCAAAGUCGUGAUUUAUCACUUGCAAACUCCAUGAUCCCAUUGGGUUCUUGCACAAUGAAGUUGAACUCGACGGUCGAAAUGAUGCCUGUAACGUGGCCUCAGUUCGCCAACAUGCACCCGUUCCAGCCCACCAACCAGGCUGAAGGUUACCGUGAGCUGAUCACAUCGCUGGAGUCUGAUCUAGCCGAUAUCACGGGCUUUGAUGCGGUUUCGCUGCAGCCUAAUUCUGGUGCCCAAGGUGAAUACACAGGUCUUAGAGUCAUCAAGGCCUACUUGGCUUCCAAGGGUCAGUCAGACCGGAACAUCUGCUUGAUACCAGUUUCGGCCCAUGGUACCAACCCUGCGUCUGCUGUUAUGUGCGGUCUGAAAGUCGUACCGGUCAACUGUUUGCCAGACGGCUCGCUAGAUUUGCAAGAUUUGGAGGCGAAAGCCGUCAAGCAUGCCGACCACCUGGCAGCCAUUAUGAUCACCUACCCUUCGACCUACGGGUUGUUCGGUCCCGGUAUCAGAGAUGCAAUUGAAAUUGUUCACAAAAACGGUGGCCAGGUGUACAUGGACGGCGCCAACAUGAAUGCGCAAGUAGGUUUGACGUCUCCUGGAGACCUCGGCGCUGACGUGUGUCACUUGAAUCUGCAUAAAACCUUUGCCAUUCCUCACGGCGGUGGUGGUCCCGGUGUGGGCCCUAUUUGCGUGAAAUCGCACUUGGAGCCAUACUUGCCCGGCCACAAUCUUAUGGAAAUGAUGACAGGUGCUCCCGAGGACCAUCGCAUCAGCUCUGUUUCGAGUGCACCAUAUGGUAGCGCGUCGAUUCUGCCUAUAUCAUAUGCCUACACCAAGAUGAUGGGAUCGCAAGGUCUGCCCUUUGCGUCCGUUGUGGCCAUGGUUAACGCCAACUACAUGAUGACUCGGCUCAGCGCCCAUUACGAUAUUAUGUUCGUGAACGACAAGUCCGCGACCAAGCAUUGUGGUCACGAAUUUAUCAUUGAUUUGAGAAAGUACAAGGCACAGGGCGUUGAGGCCAUCGAUGUGGCCAAGCGUCUACAGGACUACGGGUUCCACGCUCCUACUUUGGCGUUCCCGGUGCCAGGAACGCUGAUGGUGGAGCCCACAGAGUCCGAAAACCUCGAAGAACUCAACCGGUUCGUCGAUGCCAUGAUCUCGAUCAAGCGCGAGAUAGAUAUGCACGUGACGGGCGAUCCUCGCGGAUCCGUAUUGAAAAACGCUCCGCACUCUUUGGAGGACAUCAUUUCGAGCCCCGACUGGGACACUAGAGGCUAUAGUCGUGAGAUGGCUGCCUAUCCGCUCCCCUUCUUGAGGUACAACAAGUUCUGGCCUCCGGUAGCUCGUCUGGACGACACCUAUGGUGACCUGAACCUGAUGUGCACCUGCCCAUCGGUGGAAGAGACCGUUGCGAAGCAGGAUUAG